AUGAGACGUUCACGCCUUAGGACUCCCCGGUCGACAUCGCCACUCCACUCAUGUAAAUCUAUUCUUCAUUAUUUCCGACAGUAUUUAGCUGGUCUUGUUGGUCUAUCUAUCUAUCUAUCUAUCUAUCUAUCUAUCUAUCUAUCUAUCUAUCUAUCUAUCUAUCUAUCUAUCUAUCUGUUAAAGGAAGCAGAUGCGGGUGAAAAGUCGAUGGAUGAGAAACGUCGACGCUCAACCAAACAAAGAGUGGUUAUUAAUGAAGAUCAAGUAGACCAAUCCGAAGAGAGAGUAUCCGAAGAAAUUAAAUGCGAAUGCGAAGAAAACGAACCUCAGGUGAUAGAGGAAAAACUCGUAGAAGAUGAUAGUCAGAUCAAAUUAAUUAACAACUUUAAACUUGACUCGGAUGACGAAAUAGAAGUUACUAACACUACCCCAAUGAGCAUGAUCGAGGUUCAACGAAAGCUGUAUUUACAAGAAUGUAAAAAACUUAAUGUGAUUCCAAUCCGAGCUCUGGCCGAAUUAACUGAAAAUACGCGGGAAUUAAAUUUCAGUCAUUUCAAUCUUGGUCCGAAAGGAGCGAUGGCCUUGACGUUUCCACUUCACCUUAGUUCAAUUUUUAUCACACUUGAUAUGGAAGAUAAUGACAUCGGACCUGAAGGCUGCCAGUGCAUUGCAGAGAUGUUAUUAGAAAAUAAUUCGAUUGAGGAAGUGAACCUGGCUUACAAUAAUAUUGGUUCCCAUGGUCUGGCUUGCAUCAGUCGCGUCUUUAAGAAUAACAUAUCUAUUUCAAAACUAAAUCUCUCAGGGAAUGGACUUGGUGAUGCAAAUACAAAUUGUCUAGCGUAUCUAUUUCAACACCCUUUUCUCAAGGAACUUCAUUUAUCGCGGAACGAUUUUGAAGACAACACCGCAAAAAUUAUCGGUGAUCAAUUGGGAAACAAUGAGACGCUGGAGAUAUUGGACAUAAGUUGGAAUCAUUUUCGUCAUCGCGGUGCUGAAGGAAUUGCAAAAGGAUUAAAAGACAACACUCGAUUGAAAACGUUGGAUAUAAGUUACAAUGGAUUCGGCUGUGAAGGCACCAUUGCUAUAUCAAACGCAUUAUCUUGCAAUCAAUCACUGCAAGAACUGGAUAUUUCGCACAACCGUGUCACAGAUGAAGCCAUCAAUCCAUUAUGCAAAGUUCUGAAUAAUAACCAUACUCUGUUGCACCUAAAAAUUGGUGGCAAUCCUCUCUCCACAAUGGCGGCCAUUACUCUCGUUACUACAAUCAAUAAAUCAAAUACUUGCGCAUUAGUUUCUUUGGAUCUGCAGGAUGUUUUCAUCGAUCAGACUUUUCUGGAUCUUGUCAAAGAAGUACAAAAAACAAAAUCGCUUUUUGUAACCCAUGGAAGCAUUUGGGAACUGGGCCUGAUAAGAUCAAAACUAAUCGAAGCUAGCCAGAAGACGAGAAUGGUGCUGGCUAAACCUGAUGAUCUUGAUACCGAUAAAUCACAAGAGAAAGAAACUUUAUCCGAGAUAACAGAAGAAGAUGAAGACUCACAGGAGAAUGAAAUCUCAGAGUCAGUAGAAGAGACUGAACGCCCCCAGGAGAAUCAAGUUAUAGUGAUCGUAGAGGAGGUUGAAAGCACGAGUCAGCUCCAAAUGGAUGCAGCUGGGGAGCUGGAUGUAACCUGA